AUCCUUAACUCUUGUUUAGCGAGAGAGAGAGAGUUGCAGAGAUUAGACAAGUCAGCGAAACCGCGCGAAACGAAGAGUCAAAACCCUAAGGGAAAAAAAAAUGGCGGAGAAAUUGGCACCAGAGAAGCGACACAGCUUCAUCCACAACGGUGUGAAGGUGUUCGAAUGGGACCAGACUUUGGAAGAAGUGAACAUGUACAUCAAUCUUCCACCAAACGUUCAUUCCAAGCAAUUCUAUUGCAAGAUUCAGUCCAAGCACCUCGAACUCGGCAUCAAAGGAAACCCUCCCUACCUCAAUCACGAGCUCGCAUCUCCCGUUAAGACCGACUCUUCUUUCUGGACCCUUGAGGAUGAUAUAAUGCACAUAACACUGCAGAAGAGAGAUAAAGGUCAGACCUGGGCUUCACCCAUAUUGGGUCAGGGUCAGCUAGAUCCUCAUGCUUCCGAUCUUGAACAGAAGCGCCUCAUGCUCCAGAGAUUUCAAGAAGAGAACCCGGGUUUUGACUUCUCACAAGCUCAAUUUACUGGGAACUGUCCUGAUCCACGGACCUUUAUGGGUGGGAUAUGCACUGAUUAACAAUCUUGGUAUGAUGCAUUGGUGACUUACAUUAGUGUGUUAUAACCUAACUGAGAUUUGGUAAAUAAAAUGAUCAUAUGUGCUUGUCCUCACUUCGUUAUACAACUUUGAUAAGUGAUUAGUCUAUCUACCAGUCUUCACAAAUCUCUGUAAGAACAGAAUUAACAUCGUAUAGCAUUUGUGGUUGCUUGUUUAUACUAUUCUCUAGUUCCUAA